AUGGCACGACACGCCUCGGAGCCGGUCUUGGUGCCCUGGCGGCUGGCUUUGGAGGGUGGGGCGCGAGCAGCGCUCCUCGAGCCGCAAGAUUUACUUCAGCGUGCACAGCAGGAUGUCGGAGUCCAUAUUAUCCUGGAGCCCUGCCCCCCGGCUGCUGCGCCGUCGGGCGAGGCGGUCGCUCCCCAGGACGUGGUGACCAUCCGCGGGACCAUGUGGCAGAAGCGCCAGGCCGUCCGAGCUAUCAUUGAGCGUCUCCUAGAGCACCAGGGUGUGCCGAACGGGUCGGGCUCCAUGUUGCUGUUGCUUCCCAGCGCCGGCUCUCACGCGCUUCAGGCGCCGGAGCUCUGGUCGGGGUUGCAGCUCCUGGGCGCUCAGCUCACGCUUCCGGCGCCAGACUUCGCCGGCGACCGCUUCCUCGCCCGAGCGCGAGGCAACCGAGAUCAGAUCCUCUCCACGGCCACGAGGGUCAACACAUCACUACAGGACCUGGCAGACCACGGACGCCUCACGGACCUUGACUUCACAGAGGAUCCGUCUUCGGUCCCUUCCCUGGCGCUGGUGCCGCAGCAGCUGCAACAUCCUCAGGCUCUACAGGAAGAGACGCAGCGCAUGCUGCAGGAGCGCGUGCAGCAGCAGCUGAAGGAACUCAAGCAGCGCAGUGCGCAGAGUGCGCAGGCUGCGCCUGUGGCUCCGUCCAUCCUACGGCGCCCGUCCAUGCAGCAGGAGGCGGCGCCGGCAUCGGCAGCACCCGCGCCAGCUCCCCGCGAGCAGGGACUGAACGGAAACCGCCAUUCAGGCCCCAGACCUUUAGCGCUUCUGAUGCCGAGCCGGCUCGUGGAGGAUUUCCUUGCGCCCCAAGACCACCUGGCCGAAGUGGCACGGCGAUGUUCGGUUCACUUGGACGUCGCGGCCGAAGAUCCUCCUGGUCAACGGCAGGUGUCCCUGUAUGGCGAUCCAGCAAGUGUCGGAAUGGCCAUGCUCCAGCUGCAGAUGCGAAGCGCCUGCUGCACCUGGAUCUAG